AUGGCCACUGCUGACGUCCAUGAAGCCAACCUCAGCAAGGCCAUGGCGGUAGCGAAAAAUCUCCUAAAAGACGUCAAGCCGCCGAUACCGGACGGUGAAAUCGCGGACUCUGUCUGGCACUACUGGUUCGAUGGUGAGAAGGCUGCUGCAUGGCUCAGAUCAGAUCGAGAAAAGAAAGGCGAAGCUCCCCCUUCCUAUCUCCAACCGACACCACGUCAGAAUCCUCGUCCUCGUCCCCGCACUAUCCUUCCCAUCCCCGCCAUUACCCCAAGCAAAGGCGACAUUGAUCCGCCUUUGACCGCUCUACAGCGUUUAUCGCUUUCGCGGCGGCAGUCGCCUGCCCCUGCAAGCUCGGGUACUUCUACGCCGUCGCAGGAGGAUAAGCCAAUGUCAAAGUUGGCUCUCCUUGCACAAAAGAGACGUGAGGCAGCGACAGAUUCUGCGACAUCUUCGCUGCCAUCGCGAACGCCGAGCCGUCCCUCCACACCUGCUACUCCUCCGUCUCUCCAGCCUACUGCUUCGUCAGAAGCCGGCGAGAAGAAGCCGUUGUCAAAGCUGGCGCAAAAGAUGGCGGCGGCGAGGAUUGCGAGGGAGGAAGCCGCCAAGGCUGCUGCUGAAGCCAAGGCAGCCCAUGGGGAAGAUCAGAUGGACGUGGAUGAGCCUUCUGUCGAUGUUGUCCCUGUGGACGAUGCGGUCUUAUCUCUAUUCAGCGUCCCGCCAUCAUCUGACCCGUCUCGGGCCGUCCAUAGCCCUUCCUGCCCGUCUUCAUUCUUUUCUAUUCUCACAACCACCUGCCACCCUCACGAAAAGGUCAACGGCCACCUGCCACCCGAGCCCGUAUCUGUCAACCUGCAUGCCCCGCUGGUGACAGACUUGUCCCGGCUGGUCAAGCAGUUUGAAAGCGCAUUCGGCGAGAGCCCGGAUGAGAUCGUUUUGAAGAAGAGACAGGGGAGAGCGGGGACUGGAAACAUGGACGCUGCUGUGCCUCUGACUCUUGCAUUUUAUGCAGUUGCGAAACAAAAACAAGCGCAAGCAAAGUCUGUGUCCCUCCCCGGGAAACCCCGCACUCAGCUCCCAGCGACUCACGCCAAAUCCAAACUCGCCGCCUCACAACCCAACUCUCCAACAGUUUCUUCCAGCAAGGGCUCUAGUAAGCCUGGGUCGACCGGCGGUACCCCCAGAGUUGGCGCAGGAAAGAACGGUCUGGUGAAUGACAUGGAGGCUUUGGGCCUGAGUGAGGAGAUGACAGAGGCGGAGAAGGAGAGGGAGAGGGAGAAGUACAAGGAGAAGGCGGUGAUCAGCUUGAAGCAGGAGGAGUUGAUUGCAAAGGCCAAGGAGGCAGAGGAGCAGUCGGGAAAGAAGAAUGUCAGCUUGAUCGUCGUUGGUCAUGUCGACGCUGGGAAAUCAACUCUCAUGGGCCGAGUACUGUAUGACAUUGGCGAGCUCACAGAGAAGGAAAAGAUUGCCAAUGAGCGAGGCAGUCAAAAAGUCGGUAAAUCAUCCUUCGCUUUCGCUUGGGGCUUGGAUGCUCUCGGUGAUGAACGCGACCGAGGUGUCACCAUCGACAUUGCGACCACACAUUUCACCACUCCCCACCGCAACUUUACGCUGCUCGACGCACCGGGCCAUAGGGAUUUCAUACCCGCCAUGAUCUCGGGAGCGGCACAGGCCGAUGUGGCGUUGCUGGUGGUGGAUGGAUCGCCGGGAGAGUUUGAAGCUGGUUUCGAGCGAGGCGGUCAGACAAGGGAGCAUGCGUGGUUGGUGAGGAGCUUGGGCGUCAGGGAGAUCAUUGUGGGGAUCAACAAGAUGGAUGUCGUCAAUUGGUCACAGGACCGCUACGACGAGAUUGUCGAAUCUCUCAAACCAUUCUUGCUCUCGGCUGGUUUCAACGCUACCAAAACCACCUUCCUCCCCCUCGCUGCAAUGGAAGGCAUCAAUAUCGUCGGCAAUUCCCUCCCCGCGCUGAAAGAGUGGUAUUCUGGUCCAGCUCUUAUCGACGCGUUGGAUACGGUAGAAGUCCCUGCCAGACCUUACGAGAUUCCUCUGAGAAUUCCAGUGUCAAAUGUGUUCAAAGGACAAACGGCUGUUGCUUCUGGAGUUGCUGUAUCGGGCCGGCUCUGUAGUGGUGUGAUACAGGUUGGCGACCGAGUUCGCGCUGUGCCCGGUGAUGAGGUGGCCAAUGUGAGAACGAUCGAGGUCGACGAAGAUUCUGCACCCUAUGCUGUCGCCGGCCAGAAUGUCACCCUCUAUCUCUCCAACAUCGACCCCAUCCACCUCAGCAUCGGCACCGUACUCUGCCCUACUUCCCUACCGGUCCCUCUGAUCACAAGGUUCUCAGCUCAAAUUCUUGUAUUCGACCUCCAAUCGCCCAUCAUCGCGGGUACGCCUGUGGAACUCUUCCAUCACUCUAUGAACUUGCCGGCGACUAUAAGCAGGCUGGUAAGCAUAUUGGACAAGGGCAAGGUGGUGAAGGAGAAGCCGAGGGUGCUGCAGAAGGGUAUGACGGCGAUGGUGGAAGUGACAUUGAGGGCAAACAGUAGUGGGAGGGUGCCCAGUAUACCGUUGGAGACGGCUGCAGACAACAAGGAGAUGGGGAGGGUUCUUGUCAGAAGGAACGGAGAAACCAUUGCAGCGGGGAUGGUGAUGGAGUUGUUGGAGUAG